GUUGCUGCACUGCAUCUCCACCCCUCUGCCCCCCAGGACCAAGGCUUCGCCCAGCAGGCCUGGGAUGGGUAAUGGUGUGAAGGAGGCCACGGCACACCUGCCGGAGGGUGCCGAGCCCACCCUGCCCUCGCCUGUCUCCAAAAAGAGAGACCACCACGACGUGUACAACGCCCUUCUGUCUGGGGCCCUGGCUGGUGCACUCGCCAAGACGGCGGUAGCCCCCCUAGACCGAACCAAAAUCAUCUUCCAGGUGUCUUCAAAGAGAUUCUCUGCCAAGGAAGCCCUCCGGCUGCUCUACUACACCUACCUCAACGAGGGCUUCUUCAGCCUGUGGCGUGGGAACUCAGCCACCAUGGUGCGCGUGGUGCCCUACGCCGCCAUCCAGUUCAGCGCCCAUGAGGAGUACAAGCGGGUGCUGGGGCGCUACUAUGGCUUCCAUGGAGAGGACCUGCCUCCCUGGCCCCGGCUCCUUGCAGGCGCACUGGCUGGAACAACGGCCGCCUCGCUGACCUAUCCGCUGGACCUGGUCCGGGCGCGGAUGGCUGUAACCCCAAAGGAGAUGUACAGCAACAUCUUUCACGUCUUCAUCCGCAUCUCCCGUGAGGAGGGGUUGAAGACCCUCUACCACGGCUUCACACCGACCCUGCUGGGUGUCAUUCCGUACGCAGGGCUGAGCUUCUUCACCUACGAGACGCUCAAGAGCCUGCACAGAGAGUACAGCGGCCGCCGACAGCCCUACCCCUUGGAGCGCAUGAUCUUCGGGGCCUGCGCCGGCAUCAUCGGACAGUCGGCCUCAUACCCACUGGAUGUGGUGCGGCGGCGCAUGCAGACAGCGGGCGUCACAGGCUACCCGCGCGCCUCCAUCCUGCGCACAAUGAUCACCAUCGUGCGCGACGAGGGUGCCGUGCGCGGCCUCUACAAGGGUCUGAGCAUGAACUGGCUCAAGGGCCCCAUCGCUGUGGGCAUCAGCUUCACCACCUUCGACCUCAUGCAGAUCCUGCUGCGGCACCUGGAGGGCUAGGGCGGCGCCUCGGGGCACGGGGAUGCAACCCCUCGCUUGCUAAGCCAAGGGAGAGCAGUCUGAGGAAGGGCGUGGUGCCUCUGCAACCUGCCCGCAGGCCCUGAAGUGCAAUAGUGGGACAGGGGAGGGGGGGCGCUGUUCCCGAGAGUGUGGCUCGAAGGGGCCCUUGGCAGAGGCACUAUGGGUUUUCAGGACCUGCAUCCCUCUGAGCGCGGAGGCAGACCCUUCCCCCGCCGCCUUCUGACCGUGGGAGAUGUGGCGGAGAUGAGUGCAGGGAAAGUCCUGGCCCGGAACCAUGGGACCUUUCCUGAAAUGGGACCUCUAGGAUGGGACCCCCAUCGUGUCUGCUCUGAGCUUUGGCUGCUGCACUGGUGGCACCCAGGAAAACGCAGCCCCUCACCCCACCCAGCUCCACCCCCAUCCCAUUCUCAGUUCCUCACAAUUUCCAUGGGACAAUAACUCCUUGGCCUCCAGUACUUGUGUCCUGAUGGGCCACCCUCCUGGAUCCCAGGUUCCACACCGGUGGUUGCUGAAACCCCCCUGAAAGAGAAGAAACCCGAGAGGUGUAUUGGUGCUCCCUGUCCCCUCUGCUGCUGCCCAUCCCAUUUGUGAAAUCUCAGUGAGAAGUCAUGACCCCAAACACGACACUGUUCAGGUCUGAGCUCCAAUUGGCAUCUGUUGGAAGCUGAGCCCAGCUGGACCCUCUGUCCUGUAGCACCCCAGCUCCUGGAGGUUGGGGUAUCCGUUGCUGAGGACCCCCCAGGAAGGGCUGUUGCCUGGGGUCAAGAGUGGUAGAGUCCUGGUACCCUGGGGCAGCACCUGUUUCCUAAUGAUGUUUGGGUUUCUGAUUUGGUAUUGUUUUUCACUUUGGUGGACAUCCUCCCCGUCGUCAUCUAGUCCAGAACAGGUGUGAAUGGGAGAGCUGAUUUUGUAUCCAACAGCAGCCUGUGGUGUGUGACUCUGUUUCCCACUACCUGGCUUUGCCUCUGCUCUCUCCUCGCACCUGCGGGUGUGAAGGGCCCACUUGUCACCGGACAUAUUUGCCAGCUGUUCCCCAGAUGGGUCCCCAGAUGAGUCCCCAGGGGCCCUGGCAGCCUGAGGGGGGUAUCCUGGUGAGUGAACGCCUCACAUCCAACCUCCAGACCUUGCCCACUGCCUGGAGGCAGGGACCUGAGGCCCCCAGGCAAGGGUGGAGACCAGGGUUGACAGGUGGGGCACCGACUCCCUCCAGCCAGAGGUACCCCAGCUGGGCAGAAAAGGGGUGGUCCUUUGGUCCUGUUGGCCCCAGUGUGUCUUGAGGUCCUGGUAGUGCCAUCCCCUCCCCCACAGCCAAGCCUCCCAACCCCUUCUGCUCUUGGUGGUCUAGAGUUACACUUUUGAUGCCAUGAAGACACUUUGUUUAUAUAUAAUGUUUAUAUAUUUUAAAGAUUUGUCAAAAGAGUAUAUUUAAUAAAAAUUGAAAUGACUUUUUCUACUGCUCACGUCUCUUCUUCAGCUCUGACCGCCAUCCCCAACACUAGCGUUGAUGUCUUGACAAAUUGGUGAAUCCGUUUUGUGGA